UAAAUAAAGGUGUAGCAUCGAGUUUUUUGCCCAGUCUCGAUAAUACAGACGUGUGCGACCCAUAGCUCAGACCCGCAGCAGCUCAGUGUCAGACAGUUCAGAAGCAGUGCUGAAGCGUGAUUAAGUGAUUAAGGUAGUGCCGCAAAGUAUCAAAGAGCAAAAUGAAGCGACUGUUGGUGUUUGCUGCCCUGGUGGGUCUCUCGAUGGCCCAGUUCCCGAACGGCCGGGUACUGGAAGCUCCCAAUCCGCAGCUCUGUGCCAACAGAAUUAUCCACGAGCGGGCUCCCGAUGGCAAGGGAUACUUCUUCUCGUGGCGUGACCCAACCCUGCAGGGUGCCGAAAAGGACUGGCUAGACGCAAGGAACUUCUGCCGCCAGCGGUGCAUGGACAGCGUUUCCGUCGAAACCAGCCCGGAAAACGAGUGGAUCAAGCAGAGGAUCGUCGACGGAAAGCAAAAAUACAUCUGGACCAGUGGGCGCCAGUGCGACUUCAAGGGCUGUGACCGACCGGAUCUGCAGCCGGUGUCCGUCAACGGAUGGUUCUGGACCGCCGAACUGCAGAAGCUGGCCCCGGCCAACGUACGCAACCAGAACGACUGGUCCGAGCAGGGUGGAAUCGGCAAACCCCAACCGGACAACCGCGAACUGCUGCAGGGCGGUGCCCCCGAGAACUGCCUGGCCAUCCUGAACAACUUCUACAACGACGGAGUGCACUGGCAUGACGUUGCCUGCCAUCACGUGAAACCGUGGGUGUGCGAAGAGAACGAUGCCCUGCUGAAGUACGUCAAGUACACCAACCCGGGACUGCGCAUCUAAGGUUCGGUGGAUGGCCCGGGGAGUUACCAAAAUUUAUCGAGUUUCUUGUAUCACAACCGACUCGUGUUCUAUAGGGAUGCAAGCAACAACACAAAUUUUCUCACAUAAGAUAGUCUUAGGAAGCGUGCUAGAUUGUAAGAUUGAGACUCAGAGAAGCAUCAUUACAUACGACUGCCAGUUAAGGUUCAUGGACACAGAAGAAAGUAGACCAUUUGCUGUUUUCUCUCAUAUUGGUUAAAUCUUAUGAUUUGAAAAUUUUAUUGAUUUUAUAUUUAUUGAAUAAAACUUCUAAAAACUACCAAA